CCGACGCCGACGCCAACUCCAUUCCUCUCGCUGCUUCUCUACACGCAGGAUGCGCAGCUGUAUGGUGAUUGUGGUAGCCCUGGCGGUGAGCGCGCAGCUGGCGUGGUGGGGCGCGCAGGCGAACGCGGUGCCCGUGACGCGGCCCAUCGUCUGCGCCACCGACGACGUCUCCCCGCAGAUCCGCAAGGUGUGCCAGGCGUAUGAAGCCUUCUCCGAGCUCGCCACUUCCGCCAAGGACUACCUCGAUCAUUUUGCUGCGGAGGCGCACCGACAAUCGGUCCGCCCGCUGCCAGCCGGCAUCAAGCGAGAAGACGUCGGCCACGUCUUCCUGAGAUUCGGCAAGCGGCGAUAACCUCCCAGCCCGUUAGACCAUAUGUAUAACGUCUCUGUAAACGAUGCUUUGAAAUUAUGCUAAAAUAAAUGCCAUUUAUAUAACUAAA